UCCCACAGCGACUGCUCAGAAAUGCCCAGUCGAUUACAGAAAAUCCGACGAACCCGUACACCAACUAGUGGGGCUUCAGUUUCCACCGCUGCUAAUGAGAACAACAACGGUACGCCAAUCAUUUGGUUCACCCAUAGUUCAAUUGCAUGUCCGAGCUUCUGGGGCCUUUGUAUUGAAUUCAUCUUGAUCUUACAAACAAAGCGAAACACCUAGUUUGUCCCAGUGAAGAAUAGUGCAACAUUCUAACUAACUCUUUUGGUGCAACAGCAUCCACCUAUCUGCAUGUUGCUUCUGACCAAACCUCGAAACUAAAGCUCUCGCCUACUUGGAGCGGCGCGAUGAAUCCCAUACGCUCCAACGGCGCAUCUCACGAUCCCCUGAAUAACUAUCGCGCAACCUCCACCAUACGGACCGUCCGAAGCUUCGACGCCUCCUCAGAUACAUCGUCUUCGGAAUCUCCGUCUGCACGGAAUAGUGGCUUUGCUAGCUCAGUGAACAGCAACAUUAGCGCAGUCUCGAAUACAUCACAAAUCCAACCAGACCCAAACCCAUCUAGGCCCAACUUAACAUCCAAGCCUUCUAAUCCCAACCUAGGAAGAUCCUACAACAUAAGCUCGCCGAUGUCGUCCAGCGAGGUAACCCUCAGGAGCAGGGAGAACGGAGCAGAUCACUCGCCAUUUCUUCAGAUCCCAGAUACAUCUGUUGGCGACGACCAUGCCUCUGGUCGUGAGGGCUCGCCACAAUGGGAUGGUGCUGUUGGAAAGGCUGGGCUCGGAAAGACGGGCAGGGUAAUAAAUAAGCUGGUAUCAGACAAUGAGGUCCUAAAGCGUGAUUUGAAGAUUGAGCGGCUAAAGGCGGAGGAGUCGAAACAGGCUGCGAAGUUGGUUGAAGACAAAAUGGAACGAAUGAUAUCAGACUAUGAAUCACGCCUAUUGGAAGCUAGUGUUACGAAGACCCUGCUAAGUCGAAAAGAACGUCAAGUAGAGCAUUUGCAAAGCUCUGUUGAACUAGAGAAGAAGCGUACCGCAGAUGCUCAAGAAAGGGAACGAACAUGGCGAGACGAGAUGGAAAGUACACGCCGUGAAACAAAGGUCCAAGUUGAAGAGGCCAACUCACACGCUGCAUUAAUGGAGGGCCGGUACAACGCCAUUUCAUCACACUGGAAAGACCAAGGUGAAGAAGUCAAACGUGCCAUGACAACCAUGGACGGACGAAUCAAAACGUUAGUCGAUGAAAGACAAAAGGAUGAUGAGAAGAUCAACGUUCUACGAGACCUGUGCGAUCAACAAGAUGUCAAUAUCCGAGACCUGCGGAGACAGAGGGACGAGAUAAGCAGGCAGUUUGAUGCCUAUAAACGUGAACAAGAAGAUGCCCUACGAGCUAUAAAAGAAAACGCACGCAAGAGAGAGGAAGAGCAACUGAUGACAAUAGAAGAAACCAAACAAGUGUUGGGUCAACUGAAAUGGGCACUGAACGUCAAGCGCAACGUGAAGGGAGCCGAAUGAAGAGGCCAUCUCGUCGACUCACGUCGACUCAAACAAUCCCGCUGGCGGUUCUUCUUCAUUGGUCUUAUGCGUGUUUGACGUCAUCUGCCACCCGGGACCCAAUCACUCACUCAGGACACGACUCAAUCUAUUUGGACUGCAUGGCUUCACCGGAUAGAACGGUUUGACGACUCCUAUGUCCCCUAAUAACCCUGGAUAAUUUGGUACAACAUCAUUGGUAUGGCGAAAGGCGUUUAAAGGGCCAAAAUGAACUUAAUGAUCUAGAAACUGUCCCUUGCUAGCCUUACUUGGCUGUGCGUAAAGGGCUGGCGGCACAGGGCUUAAAGAACGGGCAACUAAACGGAUGAUUGGGCAAAUCUAUGACUUGAAAUUGUACGAACAGCCACACUUGACAUUCGAUGAUU